CUGAACAUGUUCCGUUCAUCGUCACAUGUCCUACUAUAGUCCUACCCGAAAGGUUCCUAUUUCCUGUAUUUCCCGACUAUUUUAUCUACCUUAAAGCCAGAACCAUAGAAAAGUGAAAGAGUUUUGCUUCAAGCAUUUGUUGAUUUGAGGAGAGCACAGAGUGGGGAGAGUGUCGCUCCAUAGUUUAUUUUGUGGUGCUGUAUUUAAAGUUAUUUGUAAUUAAAAAAUACGUCGUGGGAGUUUUUUCGACGAGAGUAUGUGUAUUUGAAAGUUUGAAAAUUUCAAUUGUAUCUAGGUAAUAUAAAGUUGAAGUAUUAAAUGAUAAUCAUUAUUUCUAUUUUUAAAUAAUGCGUAUAUGUCGCAGCUGAUGGAAGCACAGUUUUCUCGCGGGAGCUGGAGAUGGUAGAACAAAAUUUAAAAGUAGGGCAUUAUAAAGUUAGUUAUUUUUUUUAUGUUAGUAAGAUUACAUAUUAAAAUGACGUAGGGUCAUAAUGGUGAAGACGGGCGGUUGUUAUGUCGAAUGUAAACAAGAACGGACCAUCGCAACGGUGGCUGUCUCGUGAUGGCAAACUUCAAGUUGCCAGUUAAGGAAUAGAGCAAUGAUUUCUGUCCGUUUCGUGACGGCAGAUUCAUACAUGAGCAAGCCUCUGCCAGCACUGGAUGUGGGCUACUCUGAAUUCCGUGGCUCGGAGGUGAACCAAGUUCCGGUGAUACGUGUAUUUGGAUCUACGUCCACAGGGGAAAAGGCGUGUCUCCAUGUGCACGGAGUGUUCCCUUACCUGUACGUGCCAUGUGUGGGCGGGGAGCCGCCGGAAAGGCUGGCGUACAAGCUGGCAUCUGCGCUUGACAAGGCCCUCAAUGUCUCCCUGGGAUGCAGUGCCGCCACCACCCAGCACGUGUAUCACGUGUCGCUCGUCCCUGCCAUACCAUUCUAUGGCUACCACAGCUCAGAGCAGCAGUUUCUGAAGGUGUCCCUGUACAAUCCAGCGAUGGUGAAGAGGGCUGCGGAACUGCUGCAGAGCGGCGCAGUACUGGGCCAUCCCCUUCAGCCUCACGAGGCUCACCUGCCCUUCCUGCUGCAGUUCAUGGUGGACUACAACCUGCACGGCAUGAGCCCUGUGCUGCUGGGACGUGCCCACUUCCGUCACCCUGCACCCUCAGGCUCCCAGGAGGCACUGCAAGAGGGGUUGCUACCCUUGCCGGAGAACAUCCACAGGAUGAGCAGCUGCAAGGUUGAGGUGGAUGCUCUGGCCUCUGACAUCCUCAACCCCCGGACGCUUCAUGGAGGAGUGGACGGGAACCCUGGGCUGGCUGGCAUCUGGGAGGAGGAGCGCGAGCGGCGGCGGGGGGAGGGGAGGGGCUCACAGCCCACCCCGCUCAGCUCCCAGCCGCGCCCUGCCCGGCCUCCCAGCCCCGAGCUGCGUCGCCAGCAGCUGCUGCUGGAACGCCUGGCCGCUCUCAGGCUGCAGAAUGUAGGAAGCCAGUCUCCGAAUGUGCCAGAUACUCCAGGAAACACCAGCCUUUUGGAGCACUCUACCCCGGACCUUGAAGCAUCCAUUGAGGAUAAUGUGUUGCAGUGUUCGUCAGCCAGUCAAUUGCAGGAGGAGGAUGAGCAGAUGCUACAGAAUCUGCUGUGCCUGAGGGCGUACAGUGAUUCCACAUUCAAUGAGGACGAGGAUGAGGAGUUGGUGGCCGAGGAAGAAGAGGACUUGUCUGUGCCCCUCGAGUCUCCUCACAGUGUUUCAUGCAGUAUCAGGGCAGAUGCUUCUGUGGGAUACGAUGACGAGGUUGUUUGGGAAGACUCUUACUGGGACCAGUUUAUUGGACGAAUCCCGCAGUUAGAUGGCGCGGAGGACGAUGAAGAGCUCUCCAUUGCCAGUCCUGUGAUUUGCUCUGGGAAGUUUGGGCGCCAGUGUGUUGGGAACCGCAGCCGCGAGAGCAAGCAACUUAGUGGUGAGAAUGUUAUAGAUGGCACACGGUGGUCCGAGUAUCAUGGCCUGCUGGAAGGGCUAAGUGAUGGGGAAGUGAAUCGUCAGACAGUGACAAACCCUGGUGGAAAUAUACUGGGCGAAUGUGUGGAAUUCCCGUACGACCUCGGCGUGGACUUGGAGGGCCUGGAGUUGGGCCCCAUCUGCACUGCUCCCACUCCGGGUGCAUACGAGUCUUUGGCUACUGGGGUACCUGGAGCAAAUAUUACUAACUACAACCUCUCAGAAAUCAGCGAGGAUUACUCCGACGCCCUCAUCAACGACGUUUUCUUGUCUUCGAUCACAGAUGAUGUGACUCAGUGCACUGAUCAAUCGUUGACAGAUGCAGACUUCUCAAGUGACGUAAGCUUCCAAAUACCUCAGAGUGGGUUGGUGUUUGAUUGCGAGGAUACGCUGGCAGAAGAGCCAGCGCUAGUACCUACCGUGACCGUACCCACCGGGCUGCCUAUUCACAAGGACGUGUCUGGUAUCUUCCGUAGAUCUGAGGAUGGGAGCUUCUUCCGCGGUGCCUACUCUGGCUCUGAGGGCUUGGCAGACACUGUCAGAAGUUUCCCAGUCAAGCAUUUUGACCCUGAAACUUCAGUCACCAACUACGUGAUGGUGUCUCAUGGUGACCGCUCAGUUAAUAUCCUGAAUGCUGCAAUGGCAAGCACUGAACCAUUUCCCAAUAUGUGCAGGGAUAGCACAUACGUCCGUCUCGUGCCUUUGUCCGAGUAUCGGAGUCGUGUGGCACACUGCGGUGAAGGUGAAGCUGUCAGAACUUCUCGUGCUGAGAAAGCUGAGUUCUCUAACAGUGUGUUUGGUUCCAAGCCUUUCACUGGCAGUCAUAGAGUGGUUAGUGUGGAUCGUACCACCGAGACUUCUCCCUCAAUGUUGAGGUGCAGCAACUCGGAUAAAUCUAGAAGAAAUUCUGGCUCUAAUUUAUUAGCUCAGGCAAACACUGCAGAUUUUAAGAAGACAACAUCUUCCCACAAAGAUAAAUCAAAGAAGAUUGUAAAGUUUUUUUUGAAGAGCAGUUUGUUGCGGGAAAAGCCAAUCACCUGCAUAAAUAAAGAAUCUAGUACAUUAUAUGAUACUAAAGGUCAUCAGGUGAAGGAAUCUGUAAAUAGAUCGUGUGUGUACCAUCCAACCAUGAUGACAAAAUCACAUUUAGAGAAAAGACCUGAUCAUCUCAGUUGGGAUAAAAGUCCACCUAGAAAGGUAAAUAAUGUCUUUGAACAAUUUUCUAAGAAAUCAAGAACGCCAAGUGUAAAGUUAGGCAAUUCAAGAAGGGAAAUGGAAGAGCGUACAAGGUGUGAAGUGUUCAAACCAAUGACUCAAUUUUGUGAAAGAUUUACCCAUGAUGGGACUAAACAUCAAAGUGCAGCCUGCCAUGUCAGCAAUGCUGAAGGAUGCUUCUUGUCCAGAAAGGAGCACGCAUACCAAAAGCGUGUUGAAGGGGAGAGAUUCGGGUUGAAGCAAGCUGCGGAUAUGCAGCCAUCGCCGACCACUUCGGAGGAAGACAAGAGUGUGGUGAAAGUAGAAAGCAGUCCGGCCCGAAGUCGUAGCAGUUCGGAGGGUCCUCGGCAAUGUGUCUGCUUCACGCCCGGGAGCAGCAGGAAGCAUGGCCAGGAGUGCCACUGUUCCCCCAAGGGAGACUACGAUCCGUACGAGUUCUCAGACGAGAAGGAAGAGCUGCUGAGCUGCGGCUCCCCUCCUCGCUGGCCUCGGCGCUGCAUCCAUCCCCCUGAAAGGCCUCGCCGGCUGGGCCCCUCAGGGGGUGGCAAGCCUGCCUCCUACCUGCAGCAAGGCAGUGCUCAUCGAGUGAAGUUUCGCAUGACUUGCUCAUCUGCCACCUCUCCUAAUGGCCAGCAGCAUUAUGCAAGUGAGACCACAAGUGGAACAGCACCACUGGCAGAAUGCAGUACAGUCACAAGGCAGCCUUUAGUGGGGGAACAUAGCCCGAGUCUUCCCAGCAAUCCAUCUCCAGGAGCACAGAGCAGGCACUCAGGGACACCCAAUGUGGACAGCAUUGUGGAACACAUUAAGUCAGAGCCAGUGUGGGAAGAAGAAGAAGUCACAUCCAUCCCGAAACUGACAUUGCUGCGCACUGGGGACAGCUACAUCAAUUUUGUUCGCCUGGAUGAUGAGAAUGUUUGCAGCUCCAUUUCCCUCAAGCAAGAGCCAUCAGAGGAAGACAAGUCCAUCGAGGUGACUGCCGUCAAAGAUGAGAGCGAACCGGAUGCAGGCGAGAGUUCGUGCAGCUUGGUGCAAUCCAUAGAAGAUGACAAGUCUUCAGUCACUGUUAGUGCUGAUGAGUAUUGUCUGGAGAAACGUCUGCUGGGUCACUUUAGUGGUGACUGCGCGGGCUUGAAUAAUGUCAUUGGUGAGGCACGAGCUGUUCAGCCAAAGGUAGUAGAAUUGGAGACUUCCAAGUUAGCAGUUCCAAAUGCUUGUGAGCGUAGAAGGUCUGAAUCUGACUUUGUAGUAGAUUGUUUUGCAGACCAAGCAAGUGAUAGUGCCCAGGUAGCAGUCAGGGAUGGUGUGUGUGUUGAAGUGGUUGAUCUGUCACCUGCUAGUGUUGAUGAAAGCAUUGAAAUUCAUGACAUCUCAUGUUCAAGUGGAGACUCACAGAAGUUUGGUGGCAAGGUAUCAUGCAGUGAAGCCUUGGGCAAGGAACUAAUGCAUGUGGAACCAGACAAGGCAACCACUGACUGCGUGCAUGUUGCAGUUGAUGCUUUGACUGCAACACCUUUGUUAGCUGCCAACCCAGGAGAGUCUAGUUCACUGCCAGGUGUUACUUCAGAAAGGGGAACUGGUUUCCUGGUCUACAACAAUGAAGAGCUUGAGAGAUGUGAAGACAUAGAAGUGCCGAACCAAUUAAAUAAUCAUUCAGGCCCUUCUACUGAUUGUCAAGACACAAAUUGCGAGAAUGACCAGGGUGUGCUCUUAUCGAGGUAUACAACUGGUUGUCCAGAUGUACCAUGUGGUUCAACUGCCAACUCUGAAUGGAAGAAGAAAUGUGGAUCAACAGUUGACAUGAAAAAUAUACAAGUUAAGAAUGUUAAAAGAGUUGCCAAAAUUUCACAACUUGAAGUUGUUAACGAAAAAAAGCAAGAAUAUCUAGUCACGAAAGGUAACCAUACAUUAAAAGUGAAGGAAAGAAGUAGUAAAAGUAAAUUUUCAGUGGCUAAUUCGGAGUGUGAAAGAGUGGCGAGUAAAUCAAGUAUCGACAGUGUAUGUACAGGUAGGGCUGUGGCAGGAGCCUGUUAUAGGCCUCGAGGUCAGCCACGUAGUACAAAAAUUGCUUGCAGUGCUGGUAAAGAGGAGAGUGGAGUGAAGGACUUACGUGAAAAUAUGGUAACGGGAGAGACAGCAUCACAUACUACCAUCCCAUCAGUUGCUGUCGACAGCUUUUCUCAGAUGACUGGUAAACAUCCUGUUACACAUACACAACACAGAAAAUUCCCUAAAACUGUUCGCACAUGUAAGAAAAAGGUUUUGAAUACUGCGGUGAGUUUGGUUCCUACAUGUAAAGAAAAACCUCAGAAACCUAAGAAUGAUUUGUAUAUUUAUAGUUCAAGUGCUCCUCAGAAUCCUAAACAUCCAGGAGAUAUCUUGGAACGUACAAACUGCAUUAAGUUAAAAUGUAAAAAACCUAACUAUAAUAAACUGUCAAAGUCUGCACCUGUGUCACCUACAAAAUGUUUGCAGACUAACGUAAACAAGAAAUCAUUUAAUGGUGGUAAACCUUUGGGACUUGUCAGAGAUGAUUCACCCUCAAAACUUCUGCGAAGUAGUAGACAAAAAAUUAAGGAUUCAGAAAAUUCAAAAUUGAACACAUCCAACUCUUUUACAUCUUUAUUUUAUACCAAGAAGAGUCCAACAAAAUCUGCUACAGUGCCUGAUUUAAUGAAAGUAGGUACAUGUGACACUUUACAUUCUACUUUGAUUGUGUCACCAUUUGUUGAGCCUGGUGAGGCAAACAGGGAUGCAGUGUCUGCCGACAACUCUGGAGUACCCGACACUUUACUUGUCUCUGAUAACUUGGAGACAGCCUUGAGUCGAGCUCAAAGCAAAGAGAAAGUUGAGCAGUCACCAGCAAGAGCACCAACCAAAGGUAGGAAGAAGAUUGUAUGUACACUUCGUAAUUGCAGCCAUAAUUUAGAAGGUUUUAGAACAUUGAGUGUUUCUCUGUCAAAAACAUUACCACAUUGUAAAACUGACUCUAACUUCUCUGAAGACUACAAAGAAUUUUUUGAAGCAAAUUCUAUGCCAAAGAUUAUUAAAAAGGUUAAUGUCCGUAGCAAGCGUGGUUGUAGCCAUUCUCUACGAGGAAAAAAUACAAAUAAGAGGUCAAAACCAUGUGAACUGCCACCUGUUCUUUCUAAAGAAAACACCAAGAAUUUGGAAUGUUUCAAAGACUCGUGCAACAAGGAGAGUGUUUCGAGAACUAGUAGGAAAGUGAAUAAUUUGUCAACUGAAAUAAAAAAACCGAAUAAAGUUACUAAACAUUUAAAAUCUGUCUGUAAUAUUCCAGAGUUGCUGGACGCUAGAAGUCAUUCAAACUCUGAAAUGAAAAAAGGAAAGGUUGUGACUCAGUCCAAUGCUGUUAGUGUUUUGAACAAACAAAAUGAUUUUGAAACCACCAGGGCUUCCUCGCCUCAGGAGCUUGCAGGAUCAACAGAAACUGUCAGAAAGGAUCGUAAAAGAAAGCUGACAGAUGCAGUGUCUUGUUCUGGUUUAAAAAGAAAGCUUAGGAAAAGAUGUAUUAGAGGAAGUUCAUGCCAAAGUGAGGGCCAGAAUUCAUGUGCAUCAAAGGAGUUAACAGUUUCUAGUGAUGGGUUUGUUUCUGGAGAAGGAAUGAAAACGAGAGCUGCUGUGAAAAUUGUAUUUGAGGCCAGACAGAGCUAUGGUGGACAUACUGACCAUACUCGGACAAAUGUGGAUGAAUCCUUUUCAGUCUCCACUCACAUUUGUGAAAGCUCAGAGGAUUUGGCUACUGAACAUAGUGUCUCCAUGCAAAAACCAAGAAUUCCAGAGUCAGCUGAAAAAUUAAAUGACAAAAUAAACAGGAGAUUAGUACAAUCUAGGAAGGCAAAAGUACCAAAGUUGAGUUGCAGAAAUGUUAGUGUGAAAAAAACUCUCACGGCUCCAUUGUCUAGGACUUUAAGAAGUGGAAAAAAAGUAGUUUGCAAUGAAGAACUGUGCAAAAAAAUAGAUCACAAAGGUGAGGCAAGGCUGUUUUUGUUGUCAGAUUACAAGUGUACAAAAGUGGUCGGUUCUGAUGACAAUACAAACCCUCCGACCACAAUCAAAGGUAAAGUGAGAUCUCGUAAGAAUAUUGCUAAAGGAGAGUGUCUCAGUAAACAGCAAGGGCCAUCACAGACAUGCACUAAGAAACUUACCUACUCAGAAGCACCGAAGAGAAAUUUAGUGUAUGUGAAACAACUGCGUAGUUACACGUCCAAGCAUGGUAGUAAGGUUGAUCCUGCUUGGCAAGGAAGGCCUCGUAAGUUGGUCACAUCCUCACCAUCCAAAGUUCAUCGCAAAGCGAGAAUUCCUUGUUUGGAUGGAGCUUCUGGUACCAGCUCUUCGGAAGAAGAAUCCUUGAUUGAUUGCAGUCAGCCUUCUUCUCCAGAACCACCAUUGAAGAAACUUAAGGAAGUAUUAGUAGGUGUUAUGGGCAGGAGGAGAAUGCGUAACAAACGUAAUGACGUGAAUAAGAGCACGCAAAGGAAUAAGAGCAGUGGCACACCUAGGAAAGGGAGAUUGGGCGUGGAGAUUGUGAAGUCUCCUAGAAGGCUGCUCAUGGAGGGAAACAGGAAGUGUAAAGAAGAUGCAGAACCAUGUGACUCUUCUUCACACGUGGUCCAGGGAAAGCUGCCUGCCUGCCUGCCUGGUGCAGGUCAUUGUUUGGCAGCUGUGGCAGCGGUGGCGAAUGGAGGCAACAGUGACAACUAUGCUGUAAAGGAUGCUGAUGUUUUGAUGAAGGAUGAGAUUGUUGAACGGGUGAUAGUUCCUCCAAGAACUUCAAGUGAUGAAAAGCCAAAAAUUGUACAGUUUAGUGAUAGAGAUUUUUUAUAUUCAAGUGCCUGUGAUAAAGUACAAGGAGGACCUGUUGAAAUGGUUGGUGCUACAAACCAUAGAUCUGUAAGAAAGAAACUAAAAUUUUCGAUUAGUCAUUUGCAACAGCAACAAUUUUCCGACAAGAAAAAAUCAAUCAAAAUUUUACGUAGAAGCAGCUUAGACAUGUUAGCGGAAUCAAGUUCCUUAUCGAGCGAUGCGUGUAAGAGUGGUGUCUGCAAGACCAGUAACGCCAGCAGUAAUGGUAGUGUCUGCGCGAUCAGCAGCGGUAAGCUACAGUGGAGGGAGCAGAAAGACUUGGAGAGUGCAGCAGGUGUCGAUGAACGAGAUGAGGGAUCCCAGCACAGACCAGAGGACAGCGAGGAGGAUGAGGGAAUCAUCAGUUUCUACGAGACGACGCUGCUGAGCCCGGCCGAGUCCGGGGGCAGUCACGACUCCCUGGGUUCCCUGGGGCUGUUGCCGCCGAGCCCGCAGCCCAGGCACCAGUUCCUGGAGCCCUUCUACAGCGACCCCCGGGAUGUGACAGGCCCCGUGCAGGUGGGGAACAUGGUCCUGCAGCUUCGGUACCGUCCCGCCACGCAGCGGGACUCGGUGUCUCCGGAACUGGACACGGGCCCCGACCGCAGGCGGGUGUUGGUUCCGUGCAGCCCCGGAGACGACCGCUCGGACGAGGAGCUGAAGCUGAGUCCGGCCUCCCCAGCUCCGGCCCACAGCACGCCGUUCAGCUUCGCUGGCGAGAGAGGGCGGGGAGAAAACAACAGCUCCAUUUCCCCGCUGCACAACUCGCAGGCGUCAGUGCUCCGCAAGCAGCUGCUGAGGACCCAGCUUCGCCAGGCGCUGGCAGACUCCCCACGCCCCGCGUCCUGCUGCCAGGUGGCAGGGACCACCCCGGACAACACCCACGCCUUCCUGCUGUCGUUCAACAACCUGCAGGAUGCGCGUCCCAGCGCUCAGCACACGUUCCUAACCCUCCUGUCAGUGGAGCUGCACGUGAGCACCCGUGGGGACUUACGGCCAGACCCGCAGUUGGACCCCAUCCAGGCGGUCUUCUAUGAGGUCUACCGGGACAUCCCUGGCCAGCCUCCAUUACGUCAAGGGGUCAUAGUGGUGGGCUCAUCACUUCAAGGAACGGGCGUCAGCUGUGAGGUGGAGAGAGUGUCUGACGAGUUGGCGCUGCUGACGGCAGUCGAGCAGCUGGUUAGCACUUGGGAUCCAGACAUUAUAGCAGGAUAUGAGGUGGAGAUGCUGUCAUGGGGCUACCUCUUCCAGAGAAGCUUCGUGCUGGGGGUAAACCUCUGUCCACGAGUGUCCCGCAUCCCAGGCAGCGUCAAAGAUAGCCACGUGGCCAGCAGUCAGGAAGACAAGGGCCGCGGCGAAACACGUGUAGCUGGUCGUAUUUUGCUUGACGUCUGGCGGAUCAUGAGGCACCAGGUGACGCUGCAGAGCUACACGUUCGAGAGCGUGGCCUACCACGUGCUGCACCAGCGCCGUCCCUUGCACUCGCACCGCAGCCUGACGGCCUGGUGGAACCACCCCACCCCCCUCUACCGGUGGAUCGUGGUGGAGCACUACUCGGAGCGUGUUCGCGGCACGGUCCGUCUGCUGGAGCAGCUGGACGUGCUGGCGACCACCAGCGAGCUGGCCCGCCUGUUCGGCAUCCAGUUCCACGAGGUGCUGACCCGCGGUUCCCAGUUCCGUGUUGAGUCCAUGAUGUUGCGGCUGGCCAGACUCCACAACUACGUGGCAGUGUCUCCCAGCGUGAAGCAGAGGGCCGGCAUGCGAGCUCCAGAGUACUUGCAGCUCAUCAUGGAGCCCGAGUCCAGGUUCUACAGCGACCCAGUGAUAGUUCUGGACUUUCAGAGCUUGUAUCCAUCUAUCAUUAUUGCGUACAACUACUGCUAUUCCACCUGUCUGGGACGUGUAGAACUUUUGGGACAGCCAGGACCAUUCAAGUUUGGCUGCUCGGAGUUAAGUGUACCAGCAGACUUGGUGGAGCGAUUAUUGCCAGACAUCUCAAUAUCCCCAUGUGGAGUGGCUUUCGUAGGGUCAUCCACUCGGCUCGGCAUCCUCCCUCGCAUGCUGCAAGAGAUUCUGCAGACUCGCCUCAUGGUGAAGCGGGUUAUGAAGGAGCAUCCAGAGGACAAGGUACUGCAGCGAGUCCUGCAUGCACGCCAGCUCGGUCUCAAGCUCAUCGCCAAUGUUACCUACGGCUACACUGCAGCCAACUUCUCCGGCCGCAUGCCGUGUGUGGAGGUUGGAGACAGCGUUGUGAGCAAGGGUCGGGAGACGCUGGAGAGAGCUAUAAAGCUUGUGGAGAACACGGCGCGCUGGGAUGCCCGUGUUGUGUACGGGGACACGGACUCCUUGUUCGUGCUGGUGGCAGGGCGCAGUCGAGCACAGGCUUUUGCCAUCGGGGCUGAGAUAGCACAGGCAGUUACUCUGGACAAUCCUGCCCCUGUCAAGUUGAAGCUGGAGAAGGUCUACCAGCCCUGCAUCCUCCAGACUAAGAAACGCUACGUGGGGUACGCUUACGAGAGCCCCAGCCAGGAGCAGCCGACGUAUGAUGCCAAGGGAAUUGAGACUGUACGCAGGGAUGGCUGCCCUGUUGUGGCCAAGAUGCUGGAAAAGUCACUGCGUGUGCUGUUUGACACGCGGGAUGUGAGCUUGGUGAAGCGCUACGUGUGUAGGCAGUGGGACAAGCUGGUGCAGGGACGUGCCAACAUACACGACCUGGUGUUCGCACGCGAGUACCGCGGCCGGGCGGGGUACCGCCCUGGGGCUUGUGUCCCUGCUUUGCAGCUGGCCAGACGCUGGCUCGAGACAGACCCGCGUGCAGAGCCGCGCGUGGGGGAGCGCGUGCCGUACGUGAUCGUGAGCGGGCCGCCGGCGGUGCCGCUCAUACGCCUGGUGCGCUCGCCCCGCGACCUGCUGGCAGAUCCCGGCCUGCGAGUGAACACUCCCUACUACAUCACCCGUGUCAUCAUGCCUGCGCUGAAGCGGUGCCUCUCGCUGCUGGGGGCCAACGUGGAUGCCUGGUACGCUGGCAUGCCUCGCCGGGCCGCUCCCUCCCUACCUCUGGCUGGUCCUCGCCCCACAAAGUGCAGCACCAUCUCCCAGUACUUCGCGACGGUGAACUGCGCCGUGUGCGACCAGCCUACGCACGGCGGCCUGUGCCCUGCCUGCCUCGAGCUGCCCCACAAGGUGGCUGCCGUGCUGGGCGACAAGGUGCGCUCCUGGGAGAGGGCCUACUCCAACAUCACGCAGGUGUGCCGCUCCUGCUGCGGCCGUCUCGAGCCGAUCGACUGUGUGUCUGUGGACUGCCCCGUGCUGUUCCGGCGCAGCCAGGCCCGUCGCGACCUGCUGCAGGAGACGUUUGCCCGCGACCUGCUCGCACGCCACCUGCCCUCGUGUGACUGGUAGCUGCGAGUGUACUGCGGACCCUCAAAUAUUCUAUUUCGUUUCGACAUUUGCUUUUCAAAUGUGAAGUUUUUGUAGGAAUACACUCCUGGUGUUUUAAUGGUUUAGAUUCUGUGUAAACAUGAUCUGUCUCGGUGAUACAAGAGAUGGAAUGUAUGUAUGUUUCGUUUGUCGGUGUAAAACAGUGAAACUGCUGUCGAUACUAAUUUAUUAGAUGUGUAUGUCGGAAACCCGUAGCUUGCCCAUCCACAUAUGUACAUUCAUGUUACAAAUGCUUGUCAUUUAUCGUUUAUUGCCUUUUAGUUAUAAAGGGAGAGAAAUAAAAAUUUUGUAAGUGCCAUGUUAGUUUAGGUAAAAGAAUUGAAUGUGAUAAUGUUUAAAUGCAUGUUGUUUGUAUAAAUUGUUUUUUUGUGAAAGUUUAUACAUUUUAUACAAUUUCAUUUUAUUGUUUGGUUUUUUAAUAGGUCUGCUGUUUGGAGAAAGUGUGUAGAUUUUGGUUGUGCAAUGAUUGGGUAACUGUUUCUCGUGAUGUGCAGUGAAAGCUGCUUGUCAAUAAUGAAUAGUGUUGAGAAGUUUGGAGUUUAAUAUUUAUGUGACCUACACCAAGCCUUUCAGUCUUGUCACUGCACUGAUGCACCAACAGGUUUUUUUUGCAAUUUACCUCCAUUUCUUCUUCCUGCUAGUUUAUAUUUUUCCUCUUAAUGUGAAAAUGCAAUAUACUGUGUCUGUGUUAAUAAAAUAAUAAAUUAAUUAAAUUUCUAGUUUCUCCAAAAAUGAAACUAAACCUAAUAUUUUGUGAAUGUUAUAUUUUGGUGCAAAUUUAAUGUAUACACUAGGAUUAUCCUUCCUUACAGAUUAAUAAUAACUCAAAUUAUAUAUUUUAACAUGAAACCAAGUAAAUAAUACUCUCAGGAAAGCUAAAAAGAUUUUUUUGGCUAUUGAUAUUUAUUUAUUUAUUUGUUUAUUGUUUUUACAAAUUUUGGUUCAACAAUGGGUUAACAUACUAUCAUGGGCUCAAGUUUAAUUCAUGUACCUGUCAGUUUCUUUAUUAAGUCAGGUUGGUCAGUCUAAAGUAUUUAUAUAAUUUUUCAUAUAUCAGCAGCAUUUAUGAACCCAAUAAGUGUUGCAUAUUAAUGAGGUAAUAUUCCAGGUGCUGGUAAAGAGCUGUAAGGGUUAAUUGCAUACCAAAUAGGUUUUGGCAUGCUUUAAUGUUGAUGUAAAUUUGGCAAAUUUAUUUUUUGCAAUGAAACUAGGCCACAAUACAUAGGAUUCUAGUCUUGUGGUGAGGUGGAAAAAUAUUUUCAAGCAAUGCCUGCUGGAUAAUAUAUAUUAGUUAAUAGAAUAAUGUAUAUAGUAAAAUAUUAAUAUAUAUUUAUUUUAUGAAAGAAAAUUUGAACAAAUAUGUUAAUUGUUCUUAUACAUGAAUGAAAAUGUGAUGUAAUUUUAUAUAUAUAUGCAUUUAUAACAUGUAAAAUGUCCGUUAUGCCAGUCAUAGUUGAUUUUUAAUUCUUGAUACUUUUGCGUGGAGUUGUUUACUAGGCAUCAAAAGGGCUGAAAAAAAAAUUUGUUAUCAAGUUCAUGUUGACUUUGACUCUUGCUACUCUCGAGAAGUGAAAAGAUAGUGUGGAUGAAACAAACCUUUCGUUUAAACAUUGUGACCAAAGAUCUUCCGCAUUGGUCAGAGAAAAGUCCCAAUUUUUCAUUAUACCACAAAAUAUGCUCCAUUGUUUCCAGAACUCACCCCAAGCAUCAUGGGUCACUACUAUUGGCCAUGGCCGUGGCAGAUUUCUUCCCUAAUUUCUCCAACAUUAAUCAUGUUUGUCCGGAUGCUGAUGACCAAAAACAUUUACCAAAACAUUCUAUCUCUACAGUUUGAAAUUAUGUUUCAAAGUAAAAACAUUACCGUAAGUCACCUCUGCACGUGGGUUGGGUAGCGUUUAUAAUUUUCAUGGUGAGGGUCACCCUGGAAUAUGGGUCACAACCAACGACAUAUAUAUAUAUCGUAGACCCUGCUUCGUUUAUGCGCUCCACACAACCGCCUUGAGGUCAACAUUAAACAGCUGAUUGUGGGCUACUCGGGUUUGUUAUUGUAUGCAGCGUAAUGGCAAUUUGUGAUACGAAACAUGGUUCUGAAUUAAUUAGAAUACAUAUGCGUGUAUUUGCUGUAAGAUAUGGUGAUAAUUAAAUGACUUACACACCAAUAAAGGUGCUUUAAAUAUUCCUGUGGUUUAUUUAUAUCAUUUUACUGAUGUACGGCAUAUUUUGGAGCACAAUGUGAAGUGUUAGUGUUCGUCCUUCUCACAGCAUAAAUUUUUUUCAAAUGUGUUUUUUUUUUUGAUUACUUUAACACUAUUAUAUUGCGUGUUUUGUUCAAUUAUAGAAUAAUUAGAAACUUGAAAACCUAAAAUGUUAACUCAGUGUUGGCAUAAUGAAGUUUUAAAAUUACAAUAAUUUUACGAUAGCGUCAUGUUCGGCAUGUUGAGCUGGGAUUAAAUAUACAAAAAGUUGCUAAAAUUAAAGAAUAUUAAUUAAUUAAUUGUACUUUUAUCAAAUGUCUCUAAACAAAUAUUUCGUUAGGUUAUAGUAUGACACUGAGAUCUGGGCUGUGAGAUCUGGGCUGUAUAUGUACUUGGCCUAAAACCAUAUAUUGCAAGGAAAAUUUUUUUGUGAAUGUUCAAAGCAUUUCUCAGUAGCAUUAACUAUUUAGUGUUAGUGUUACGAAAUGCAUGACUUCGGGGUUUCACAUAAUUAAAAUUACCACUGCAUCCCUUGAUGCAUUACUUUCAUUGACAAAAAUGGUUCUGAAUAUAGUGUUCAAACAAACUUUAUGCAAAGCCAAAUUUGAGAGCUCAAUCCUACAAUACAUUUCAGCCAAACGACAUAACUUUACAACAUCUUCAGCAGGUCUCACCAAUCCACCAAUAUUCUUCCUGUUCAAAGGCAUUUCACCAAGGCACUUCUUACUUCUGCUGGGUGAAGUCAGAGAGAAGAGAGAAGAGAGGAAAUGCAAGCUACUCUUUCACAUUUUCCUUAAAUAAAAAUUACUAAAUACAAAAGCAAAAGCAUGGGAAAUAGCACUUGAAAACAGUACUUAGGAGGACAUUAGCAUCUUGAAAACCUUUUGUUGUAGACACAUGAACACUGCAUACGUUGUCAAGUUCACGGACACAUACAACAGUGGGAUAUGAAGGAGAACUACCAACACUGCUCUAGAUAUGAUAGCGUUACUUUUUAUCUAAAACCAGCCAUGUCAUUUUUGAAUUUUCCAUUGUAAGGAAAUAUUAUAAUUUUUUGAAUUUUUGUGUGUGUGUGUGUGUGUGUGUAAAUACACACACAUACAUACAUACAUACACACACACACACACACACACACAGGGGCGUAGGAACCCGGGGGGGGGGGGGGGGGGGCAAGGGGGGACUUUCUAGAUCGUGAUAUUUUUAUUUUAUAAUAUUAUUCUGCCCAACUUUAUUUGUAAUUUCUUCACUCUCAAAUUUAACUUAAGGAAACAAUAAUAAUUUUAACAUCGAUGUAUCCAAUGUAAAACUGCUUAAAAAGUGCUAUUUUGCACUUUUAAAAUCAAAAUUUUCCGGUGGAGGACCCCCGGACCCCCCGUCUUAGUAAGAGGGGAAUGGGUUUACAUGACCUCAAAAUCAUUAUUUGUCCCCCCCAACUUUAUGAACACAGCUACGCCAAUAAUGAAAGGCAUCAAAUGUUUCCAUUUGUGUCAAAUGAAAGGUUCAACCACCCUAAUUAGCAUUGGUUUUUGUUUCUCGUUUUUUGAGAUUGUGCUUCUCUGAAGGAGCACAGAAAAUAAAGUGAAACCUUUUUCUCAGAGGAAGCACGAAGAAAAUGUAAAAAAGGAAUAAAUUUAUGUUAAAAAUAUAAGAAGUGUGUAUUUGUAGCUGAGAAAACUAAUGUAAAAUAAAACUUUGUUUCAUAUAAUAAUUUUAAGGAGUAUGGUGCAAAGUAGACUGUGUUGUGACUUUACAAUUAUUCUCAGAAAUUUUUCUAUGUUUAAUGUUUGAUUGAAGUGGUGACCCUCAGUAUCUUUGCUCACUUAAUUAUCUUGAAUGACAGGGUAAUAUUGGUGCAUCAUUGCUAGUGACUACCUAGUAUUUUAUAGAAAUAUGUACAGCUUAACAUAGUUUUGUGUUUGCAUUAUUUUAUGAAGUGCUCAAAGAUGAUAUAUGUGUAUAUGUACACCACAUGCUGAUGCUUGAAAAUUGAAUGAUUCCUUUGUUUAGAAUUUAAAGUUGUAAAAUGUAAUGAAAGGUAAUGUAAUUAUAUAAUUUAUUUUCUGUGCUGUUCUGAUUCCAAUGCUUUAAGUGUCACAAUUGUUCAAUGUUUUGUCUUUUUAAAUUCAUGGGUGUCAGUUUAGAAAAUACAAUGCCCAAUUACCUAGUUAGAAUUACUGAUGUUAUUUUUAAUAUUACCCAAUCCCUCCAUCAAUAUCCAUUUUAGAUAUUAAAUGUUAACAGAAAUUACUCUUAAGCCUACUAUGCACUCAUUAAUUCAUUGUCAUUAUUUAAUAUUUAUUUACAUUUUGCAUUUCUUAAUUUGAAGAAUUUUUAAAAGCUGCACUUAAACAUGAUAUUUUAUACAUAAUUGUGACAGUUUCAUUUUUAAAGUUUUGGGACCAUCCCACAAGAAUAACCAAAUAAAUCGUUGAUUUCAAUCUUUCCAAGUAAAAGUCAAUGCUAUAGGCUACUUAUUACAUUUUCAAGGCAAAGCCUCAGUAUGUCUUGUUUAUUAGACACCAGAGUUAGUACAAUGCGGAAUGAAAACUAUACGGGUUGGAAUACAAGUGUCCAAUUAGGUUAAGGUGAGUUAGUUAAACCAUUUGUCAACAUGGUCGUUGGUUGGUCCCAUUUGAGGAAAAUGUUACCUUAAGUAUAAGAAGCUGGCUUCUGCCCUAACUUAACUAGUUUGUCCUCCUCUUAGCUAACUACAGUGGAACCUUGCUACUACGAGAGCUGGCAAUGGCAGGAAAUGUCCUUGUAACUACGAAUACUCGUGACAACCAAACAAUAGAAAGUUGUAGUCAAAAUUUAGAUUCACAAAACCAGACAAAAAUGGUAGAGUCUUUCUAUACAUCUUUGUCCUAUUUUAUUACUUUGAAAGGAGAGAAAGUUAGUCUGCACCAUCACCUCUACGCAUUCUUAUGCCUCUAUUUCUGCACUACUGCAAAACAAAGGUCAUGUGAAGGGGAAGCUCAAAUGCUGUUGUUUAAAAGCCACUGCGACAACCCUACAACCACAAUUUUCAGCACACUUUUUUUCCCCUUCCAACCUUCUGUGUAUUCCAUUCUUCUACCAGUUUCUUCCUUAAGAAUUAAAAUGUGAUAAGCUACUCUUCAUCAGUUUCUUCUUGAAAACAAACGCACAUGUUUUGUUUCAUUUAAAUGUACGGUAUGAUGACGUUAAAAGUUUUAUAUUUAGCUUUAAACUGUAAGUGAUGCAGUUUGCAGGAAAUAGGGUCGCAGGAGGAGAGUUGGCUGUUAGCACAUGUGGGGCGGUAAAAUAUAGAAAUUUGAUUUAUAACAUCAAUACUUUGCAGUAUACUUUUCACGGACCUAAGACCGGGAAGUUUUCCCAAAUCAAACAUGGAUUGCUGCAAUGUGUGCGGGAAUUGCGGAGCGGAAGCCGCAGUGGUAAUCAUGACACUUUGCAGUUAAAAGUGUGGUUAUACACAAAGUGAAAACUUUUUUUUUUUUUCAGGCGCAGGAUUACGUGCUUCAUGCGAUGUAAACUCCUGUCCAGUUAAAAACAAAGAUUGUAUAGGUUUCCAGCAUUUACAAGGGCGUGAAAGGGAAAAAGAACCGUUAACACUGCUUGAUGAUCACGUGUACUCGCAACACUAGAGCAGCAGACAGUAACUUGGAAAGAGCUUUGUUGCAGCGUCGUGGACAGACAGACCAGAGGGCAGCAGGUGUAACAAAAGUGAAAAGUGUUUACUAGCCGAGUCAUUUUGUAUUCUAAUUUUACUCUUUCUGGCGAAUCCAUGCUCACACUCUUGUAUUAGCGCAAAAAUUUUUUUGGCUAUGUCUAAGGCUUUGAGCUUUUAAAAAUGUAGUUUGACAUAAAAUCAGACUACAUGGACACAGGCAUCCUUUGUAAAGAUAUAAUGAACACUGACUUAAAAAAAAAAAUAAAAAAUACUGCUAGUUGUUGCAGUUAGUCCCCCGACUUAGCCAUGCACUCACACUCUCGAUUAGUCUCUGUGUAUAAUGCCUGAAUAAUCGGGUUUUUUUUAUCAACUAUUGUGAUUUUCCCUUAUUUGAAGAUGCAAUGUAAAUAAGUCAGCCAUGCACUCACUCUCUUGAUUAGUCUCUGUGUAUAAUGCCUGAAUAAUCGGUUUUUUUUUUAUCAACUAUUGGGAUUUUCCCUUAUUUGAAGAUGCAAUGUAAAUCAGGCUUUCUUACAAAUAGACCAACAUAGAAGCACUCAUUGCACAAUAAAUUAGUGAUUUACAAUGUCAAACUGACUGCAUUACAGAACUAUCAUAACUAUUAAGGUCUUGAGGUAUCUCGUACUUGUAAUUGCAAAGUUCCACUGUAUGUAAAAGAUUGUGUGGGAGCUCAUGUAUGAGGUGGGAAACAAAAAGAGAAUUGCUAGAGUUAUAACGAAAAAUGUAUGAAUGCUCCCAGCUAAGGGAUAUGUCUCGUGAGUAUGUGCAUGCAUGUAUGCAAGACAGAGAUCAGGAAGAAUAUGGAUUGGAAGAAACUAUUAAUAUUUGUUGUCUUGACAGUUGUAAUAAACGGGUAAAUAAAUAAAUGAACGUUGUAAUUUGUCUGGUGAAAA